AUGUUCAGCUUUGUGGACUCAAAGACUGUUCUGCUACUUCUAGCAUCCCAAGUUGUUUUAUUAUCUGUGGUCAGAUGUCAGGAAGAGGAUGACCAGGAAGCAGGUGGCUGCAUCUGGGACGGACAGCAGUAUAAUGAUAAGGAUGUGUGGAAGCCAGUGCUGUGUCGUAUCUGUGUAUGCGACAGCGGAGCGGUUCUGUGUGAUGAGAUAAUCUGCGAGGAGAUCAAAGAGUGCCCCAACCCUAUCAUCCCAUCUGGAGAGUGCUGUCCCAUCUGCCCUGCUGAUGCCAGUGCCCCCAUUGAGACAGUUGGUGCUAAGGGCCAGAAAGGCGAACCAGGAGAGAUUGCAGAUGUUGUAGGACCAAGAGGACCACCAGGCCCUAUGGGGCCCCCAGGUGAACAGGGACCACGCGGAGAAGCUGGUGCUAAGGGUGAUAAGGGAAAUAUUGGACCUCGAGGAAGAGAUGGGGAGCCCGGCAUCCCCGGAAACCCCGGACCCGCCGGCCCACCUGGACCACCAGGGCUCGGAGGGAACUUUGCUGCUCAGAUGUCCCAAGGUUUUGAUGAGAAGGCCGGGGGUGCUUCUAUGGGUGUGAUGCAAGGACCAAUGGGUCCUAUGGGUCCUCGUGGGCCCCCAGGACCUACCGGAGCCCCUGGGCCACAGGGUUUUCAAGGUGCCCAUGGAGAGGCUGGAGAGGCUGGUGCAGCUGGACCAUUGGGACCUCGUGGACCACCUGGACCCCCUGGAAAACCAGGAAGUGAUGGUGAGUCUGGCAAACCUGGCAAACCUGGUGAGCGUGGACCUGCAGGGCCUCAGGGAGCUCGAGGAUUCCCUGGAACUCCGGGGCUUCCUGGACUCAAAGGACACAGAGGUCAUCCUGGUUUGGAUGGAGCUAAGGGAGAGUAUGGUGCUGCAGGAGCCAAGGGUGAAGCUGGUACCCCUGGUGAGAACGGUGCCCCUGGACCCAUGGGCCCACGUGGUCUGCCUGGUGAGAGGGGUCGUCCUGGACCUGCUGGAGCUGCAGGUGCCAGAGGAAAUGAUGGCUUGUCUGGUCCUGCUGGUCCGCCUGGGCCUGUUGGUCCUGCUGGAGCUCCUGGUUUCCCAGGAUCCCCUGGAGCCAAGGGAGAAGCUGGUCCCACUGGUUCACGUGGAGCUGAGGGCCCACAGGGCCCCCGCGGAGAGGCUGGUACCCCAGGGUCUCCUGGACCCGCUGGAGCAUCGGGUAACCCUGGUACUGAUGGUAUUCCUGGAGCUAAAGGAUCUGCAGGUGCUCCUGGUAUUGCUGGAGCUCCUGGAUUCCCUGGCCCCCGUGGCCCACCUGGACCACAGGGAGCUACGGGACCUCUGGGGCCAAAGGGACAGUCUGGAGACCCUGGUCUUCCUGGAUUCAAAGGUGAAGCUGGGCCCAAGGGAGAACUGGGCCCUGCUGGUCCUCUAGGUCCCCCUGGCCCCACUGGUGAAGAAGGAAAGAGAGGCGCAAGAGGAGAGCCUGGAGCUGCUGGGCCUGUAGGACCUCCAGGAGAAAGAGGAGCUCCUGGUAACCGUGGCUUCCCAGGUCAGGAUGGUCUUGCUGGUGCCAAGGGUGCCCCUGGUGACCGUGGUGUUCCUGGUGCUGCUGGUCCUAAAGGUGCUACUGGUGACCCUGGACGCACAGGAGAGUCUGGCCUCCCUGGAGCCAGAGGUCUUACUGGUCGUCCUGGAGAUGCUGGUCCUCAAGGCAAAGUUGGACCAACUGGUGUCCCCGGUGAGGAUGGUCGCCCCGGCCCACCUGGUCCUCAGGGAGCCCGUGGACAGCCAGGAGUGAUGGGGUUCCCUGGACCAAAGGGAGCCAAUGGUGAACCUGGAAAACCAGGAGAAAAGGGUCUUGUGGGUCGUCCUGGUCUGAGAGGUCUAUCUGGAAAAGAUGGUGAGACUGGUGCUGCUGGACCUCCCGGCCCUGCUGGACCUGCUGGAGAGCGAGGAGAACAAGGACAGCCUGGACCUUCUGGCUUCCAGGGUCUGCCUGGACCAACUGGUGCCCCAGGAGAGGCUGGAAAACCUGGAGACCAAGGUGUUCCUGGAGAGGCUGGAGCUCCCGGUGUUGUUGGACCUAGAGGCGAACGUGGUUUCCCUGGUGAGAGGGGUGGGGCUGGAGCUCAGGGUCUUCAGGGACCACGUGGACUUCCUGGAACCCCUGGAACCGAUGGACCCAAGGGAGCCAUUGGGCCAGCUGGUGCUCCUGGACUUCAGGGACCCCCAGGUCUUCAGGGUAUGCCUGGAGAGAGAGGAGCUGGUGGCAUCCCAGGACCCAAGGGAGACAGAGGUGACAACGGACAGAAGGGACCUGAGGGAGCUCCUGGAAAGGAUGGUGCUAGAGGUUUGACUGGUCCCAUUGGUCCUCCUGGUCCAGCUGGACCCAAUGGUGCUAAAGGUGAGACUGGACCUAAUGGACCUAGUGGUGCUCCUGGUGUUCGUGGUGCUCCUGGUGACCGUGGCGAGAUCGGUCCUCCCGGGCCUGCAGGCUUUGCCGGACCUCCUGGUGCAGAUGGUCAGCCUGGUGUCAAGGGAGAGUCUGGUGAGGCAGGACAGAAGGGAGAGGCUGGUGCUCUUGGACCUCAGGGACCAUCUGGGGCCCCUGGACCAGUGGGACCUACUGGUGUAUCUGGACCUAAAGGAGCUCGUGGUGCUCAGGGAGCUCCUGGUGCCACUGGUUUCCCGGGUGCUGCUGGCAGAGUUGGACCCCCUGGUCCUAAUGGUAACCCUGGCCCUGUUGGUCCUCCUGGUGCUGCUGGUAAAGAUGGACCAAAGGGUGCUCGUGGUGAUGCCGGCCUCCCAGGGAGACAGGGAGACACUGGGCUCCGUGGACCUCCUGGCCUGCAGGGAGAAAAGGGAGAGACUGGAAAGGAUGGAGAACGUGGUGGUGAUGGGCCUCCAGGCCCUCAAGGUCUGGCUGGAACCCGUGGUAUUGUUGGUUUGCCUGGUCAGCGUGGAGAGAGGGGAUUCCCUGGUCUCUCUGGACCUUCUGGAGAGCCGGGUAAACAGGGAGCUCCCGGUUCUGCUGGUGAACGUGGUCCUCCUGGGCCUGUAGGACCCCCUGGACUCACAGGACCUGCUGGAGAGCCUGGUAGAGAGGGUACCUCGGGAUCAGAUGGACCUCCUGGUAGGGACGGAGCUGUUGGAGUCAAGGGGGAGCGAGGAAACACUGGUCCUGCUGGUGCCCCUGGAGCUCCUGGUGCCCCUGGAUCCCCUGGACCUGUUGGACCACUGGGCAAGCAGGGAGACAGAGGAGAGUCUGGUGCUCAAGGACCUGCAGGACCCGCCGGACCUGCUGGCGCUAGAGGAAUGGCUGGGCCCCAAGGACCACGUGGAGACAAAGGAGAGACUGGUGAGGCUGGAGAGAGGGGACAGAAGGGUCACCGUGGCUUCACUGGUCUGCAGGGUCUUCCUGGACCUCCUGGUCCCGCUGGAGAUUCUGGAGCUGCUGGACCUGCAGGACCAAGUGGUGCUAAGGGACCCCCUGGACCAGUCGGACCUGCUGGCAAAGAUGGAUCUAAUGGACAGCCUGGGCCCAUUGGACCCCCUGGACCUCGUGGACGGUCUGGAGAAACUGGUUCUGCUGGUCCUCCUGGUAACCCCGGACCCCCUGGUCCUCCUGGUCCACCUGGCCCCGGCAUUGACAUGUCCGCCUUCGCUGGUCUGGGUCAGACUGAGAAGGGCCCCGAUCCUCUGAGGUACAUGAGGGCUGAUGAGGCCUCCACCUCCCUGAGGCAGCAUGAUGUUGAGGUUGAUUCCACACUCAAGUCCCUCAACAGCCAGAUUGAGAACCUGCGAAGUCCUGAUGGCUCCCAGAAGAACCCUGCUCGCACUUGCAGGGACCUGAAACUCUUCACUCCUGACUAACCCACUUCUCUCACCUCUCCAGGUGACUACUGGGUUGAUCCCAACAUUGGAAGCAUGGCCGACGCCAUGAAGGUCUACUGUAACAUGGAGACUGGAGAGACCUGUGUCUACCCGAGGAUCGCCAAGGUACCGAAGAAGAACUGGUGGAGCAGCAAGAGCAAGGACCGCAAACACAUCUGGUUUGGAGAAACCAUGAAUGGAGGAUUCCAUUUCAGCUACGCUCAGGACGGCCCUGCUGCCAACACUGCCAGCAUCCAGCUUACCUUCUUGAGGCUUCUGUCCACUGAGGCAUCCCAGAACCUCACUUACCACUGUAAGAACAGCAUCGCCUACAUGGACCAAACCACAGGAAACUUGAAGAAGGCUUUGCUGCUGCAAGGCUCCAACGAUGUGGAGAUCCGUGCAGAAGGCAACAGUCGCUUCACAUACAGCGUGUUGGAGGAUGGCUGCAAGAAACAUACAGGCCACUGGGGCAAGACUGUCAUCGAGUACAAAACACAGAAAACCUCCCGUCUGCCAAUUGUGGACAUUGCUCCUCUGGACAUCGGAGGAGCAGAUCAGGAGUUUGGAGUGGAUGUAGGCGCAGUCUGUUUCUUGUAAAGUGGAGUAUCACAAUGGCCCCCCAAACACUAGGAAAUAAAUAAAACUCAACCAUCAAACAUUACAAUCACUUUCACAAUAAAGAAGACUGGAAAUUCUAAAAGAAAACUGAUCGUUUUUCUUUCACAACGAAGUGCACUCCAAGUUGUACUCCUUGGAUGUUAGCACUGAAGGGCACCAGCAAUAUCUGUACACCACACCAGCAUUCUCUGUCAACCAAUUUCCUGAGAUCCAGUCAUGUUUCCCACGGCCCACUGUUGACGGGAAUGAAUCAGAGCCAGGAGAAAGAGGGACCGAGCGAACAAGUUAUGGAGAACAGAAACAUGACUUGAUAUCACUUAUUUAUUGUCCAGCCUGAAUAGGCAGAGUUGAGGUAGGACUGGACGGGUUUACAUUGUAAGUAACACCUGCCCCCUUUCCACUACAGAGCAGCCGCACAACCUCUGUCCCAGCCCUACUCCACCUCCCUCCACCUGUUUCCCUCCUGACACACACAUACGACAUUCUGAAGCAGUAUAGACCAAAACAAAAUUCUCAGUAAGUAAAA